UCGUACUGUACUAGUGUAAGUUAGCAGUACUAUAAUCUGCAGCAUUUGUUGAAUGUUGUUCCUUUAAACACCACUCAUCGUAAUUCAGACCAACCAAGAUUCUCCAUUAAUGGAUUCACCUUCAUCAUCCUCUGAUUCACCAUCAUCAUCAUCAUCAACAUCAUCCGAUUCACCAUUAACAUCAUCAUCAACAACAAUACCAUCAUCUGAAUCACAAUCAACAUCAUCAAAUGAAUCCAGAGCAAAAGCAUCACAUCAUAUGGUACUAGUACGGUGUUCAAUAGCAUUAGGGUUUCUGUUCAUCUGCAUAUUUUCUCUCUCCUAUACUUUCGGCUUCUUCGCUUUACUCUUCUCCAAUUUCUCAAUUCCUCCUCCUAUUUCUGUUCCUUCUCAAUGCAAAAUCGUUUCCACCAGUGUUGACUUGAGAUCAUCAAAAAUAUGUGAACUUGGGCUACUAAAUUAUAAGGCCAAGCGAGUAUUUUACCCAUCUGAAAGAAGGAAAUUUCGUUGCCGUUAUGAUUACUACUGGGCUUCUAUUUUUAAGGUGGAAUACAAAGACCAGUUCUCAGGUCAGACGUUACUUGGUCUGGCAGAAGCUCCGCAGGAAGCUCUCCCUAGUGAUUGUCGGCCUAAUUUUUCUACUGCUUGGCUGACUAAGCAUAUGCUGAAGGUGAAUAAAACCUAUGACUGCUGGUAUACCUCCGGGCGAUCAAAAGUUGAGAUAUUUCAAGACAGUCACUUUGGUUGCCAAGCAAAGGAUCCAUCUUUGUUUGAGAUGAUGAGAAGAUACUCCAUACUGCUGACAAAGAUGAUGCAGUCCUGGUUAUCUGGUCAACUAAAAACUAAGCUUAUGAGAUGGGGAGUGAUACUAGGUGUCAUUAGUGGUUUUCUCAGUGCCAUGAUUUCCUUUGCCUUGUUUACUCUCUGUAGUAGAUUGUUAUGUUUGAUUCCUAGAGCUGCAGUAGCAAUGGUAACCUCACUGAUACAUCGGGUGAUUUUUUCUCGGAUAUUUUUCCUCAUGGCAUACUUUUCAAUUGUCAGCUGGUUAGCAAUCCAGUAUGGUAAAAGGCUUGGUCUCCCUGAACUCUUUAUAGACUACUAACAUUCAACAGCGCAUAUUUAAAGGGCUGGAUUCCCUGCGGAGGCUCAGUCCAGCAAUUUUGGCAUUGAAGACAGAUUUAUAGAUCGAAAAUUGCCUUGUUGGAAUCAUCACAUUAUUGCAUGAUCAUGAACAAGUGCUUCGCGCAAGACAAUGUCAAUGUACUCUGUAUUAUAUAUUUAGCGUAAUACAAGUAUAAAUCAAGCCGCCUGAUCUUGUACCGAGUCACUCGUAUUUCAUGCACAAAGCAAGAGUACAGUAAAACUUGCUUUGGUGUGGCUUUCUGUAACACAUGUACUGAUGUACUAAAUUUAGAUAUUAUUCCGAUCUGUAUAAAUAAAAGGCUGUUUAACUUUUGGAAA